CAUUUUCUUUGUCACUUUUCUUUUCUUUUUCUGGGAAAAUAGAACCAAAUGUACUGUGAUUUCCUUUCCUUUCCUUUUUUUUUUCCACCUUCUCUUUGUUGCCGGCUUGUUUGGUUACUGGGAAAAUGCGGGUCAAGGAGAAAAUUAAUUUGGGAGAUUUGCCUUGUUACUUCUUUGAUGAUGUUAUUGGGUGAUAAAUCGCCAUUCUCGCAGCUAAAUCUACAACGGGAUACUAUGGAUCGUGGCGAAGAGAGUGCUCGUAUCCAAUGGCAAAUGGAUUUCGUGCUUUCUUUUAGAAACUGAUUCUCCUUGGUAAAAAGGUUAUCAAUAGCAGUUUGAGCUUCAAUCUAAUGGUUGGAAAUUUGGAAUUCUUAAGUUAAUCAUGUAUAUGAAGUUGAUAUUGGUUAUUGCAAAAUCUUUAACGGUCAUCACAAACCCAUUUGUGGUUUUUUUAUCAGAUCUGGCAGAGAUUGCAAAGUUUCUGGGCAUCACUUCAACUUUAGACACAGAAGUCAUCCAAGGGCAAGGAAGCUAUGAAGACAGAACUGAAAUGCUUUGCUUAAUAGUAGAUCUCGUGGAGGCUAGCAGAUAUGCUGAUAAUCUAGAAUGGAGUGUAGAUGAACAGGUGGUGAAAGACAUACAACUCAUAGAUUCUAUUGCAGAGAAACAGGCUCUAAUUUUCUCAGAGGAGUGCAAGCUGUUCCCUGCUGAUGUGCAGAUUCAAUCCAUAUAUCCAUUACCAGAUGUAUCUGAGUUGGAGACAAAGCUUGCAGAACAGUCAAAAAUACUUCUGAAUCUUCAGCAGAAAGUUGAUGAUUUGUCAUCUAAGCAUGCAUACAAUCCAGACGAGGAGUAUGCUGAGGUGGAAUCCCAACUCCAGGCACAUUUGGAAUCUUUUUUGGAAAUUGCAAGGUCAUUCAAUGUCAUAUACACUAAGGAAAUACGCCCUUGGACGCACAUGAUGGAAGUGCCACAACUUCAUGGGUUUGGACCCGCUGCCAACCGGUUGUUGGAGGCAUACAAGAUGCUUUGGAAGUUCCUAGGGAAUUUAAGAAAUCUUAGAGACUCACAUUCAGCUCUUGCUGUUGGGUCAUCUGAAACAAAAGUUGCUCCUGUUCCAAGAAUAAUUUCAGAGUGUGAGUGUGCUUUGACAUUCUUAAAUCGUGAUCUUGGCAUUCUCUCAGCUUCUAUUGUACGUGAGCAAGGUGACAAUGUCAGUUUAUGAUGAAUGCAUGAUUAGAUUGCUAAAAAUUUCUGACAUGACCUCUCACAACUCUUUAAGCACAUUCGUAUUAUGCUUAAAGGCUGAUUAAAUUGAAGGUCAUAGCACAACGGUUAUUUUAUUGA